AUGGGUCAAUUGAAGACGAUAAACCAGUCAAACAAAUCCGAAGCUAAACGGCCGGCCAAAGAUGCAACGGAAAGCCACCACCAACAAAAUCAGAGAAGAGAUCAAAGGAGGAAAUUUUUUCCGGAAUUUCCUCCAGAGAUCAUCAGGGAAAUCCUGAUCAAACUCCCGAUCAAAUCAAUCGGUAGAUCCAGAUGCGUGUCAAAGCUGUUCCGCUCCAUCUCAUCAGAUCCAGAGUUAACAAAAAGCCACCUACAUCUAACCGUUCAUCACCCGAAGAAGCUCAUCAUAUCUUUACCUAACGAUGACAUGUACACACUAGACUUAUUACACGAAUCAACUCGAGAUUUAAUAGCUGUAGAACUCAAUUACCCGCUUAAAUACAAACUAUCCCGAAGAGACUAUGUCGAAAUCCACAGAUCUUGCAACGGUUUAAUCUGUAUAUCUCCAGACGAAGACAUUGUUUUCUUGUACAACCCAACCACAGGAGAAUCCAAGAGAUUACCUGACACCCUACCUUCCAGCUUCGAAGGACUCCGAUCUUACGGAUUCGGCUUUGAUCAUCUCACCAAUGAUUAUAAAGUAGUCAGGCUUGUUUGUGAUUUCACACAUCUUCUCUACGCUACUGUAUACUCCUUAAAGUAUGACUCGUCGUGGAGAUGGAUCC